AUGAGGCAACGAAGAUGGUUGGAACUGAUUAAAGAUUACGAUUGCGAUAUCCUUUACUAUCCGGGGAAGGCGAAUGUGGUGGCGGAUGUGUUAAGCCGAAAAGAGUCCCCACUCCCGAUUCAAGUAAAAUCCAUGAAGAUGGUAGUUACUCCAUGUUUUCUUGAUAUGAUAAGAGAUUCCCAAAUAAAGUCGCUUGGAGCGGAAGACCUAGAGAAAGAAAGAGUAAAAGGUGUAACCGAUAAAUUAGAAGAAAAUUCGACCGGACUUAAAACAAGAUUCGGUCGAAUUUGGAUACCACGAUUUUGCAAAGUCAAGACUGCUCUACUCGACGAGGCUCAUAAGUCACGAUACUCAAUUCAUCCCAGGGCAACAAAGAUGUACCGGGACUUGAAGACCAAUUAUUGGUGGCCGGGUAUGAAACGCGAUAUUGUAAAUGUAGGAUCGUGUUCCGACCCGAAAGAGUCGAUCAGAAGAGUCUUAUCCAAAACAAGAGGCGGAAACUAA